GUCGAAAUAAGGAUUACAGCGGCUGUUGUAAAACCAGACGUUGUUAUCAGAUUCACACUAGGGACACUAGUGGUUAGAUCUUCAGCUGAUUUAUUCAAGAGCGUCAGUUGAAGAUCGGCAGCUGUUUUAUACUAAAAGUUCACAAGAAUCUUGAGGAUAUUGCGUUGCAGUUGAGAGAGCAGAAUGGCAGCAGGUUUCCCCCAUUUGGGGCUUGUCGCUGGGGCGGAUGAUACAGAUCAACAGGCACCCCGUGGAAAUAUUUUGAAGCUUUGGGGAAACCAGCAGACGAUGAAUUUAAAUACUAUGAUUUAUACAAAUAUUGUUCAGUCCCCAUACUUCAAAGCCAAUCUAGUUGAAUUGAAAACAUAUCACGAGGUUAUUGAUGAGAUAUACUAUAAGGUGGAGCACUUAGAGCCAUGGGAACGUGGAAGUAGGCGUAUCGGUGGUCAGACUGGCAUGUGUGGUGGCGUCCGAGGAGUGGGAGCAGGUGGUAUCGUGUCAACUGCUUAUUGCCUUCUUUAUAAACUUUUUACGUUGAAGCUGACUAGAAAACAACUCAAGGGCCUUUUAGAUCAUCCUGAUUCUCCAUAUAUACGAGCUUUGGGCUUUAUGUAUAUAAGAUACUGUAUACCUCCUGAAGACUUCUGGUGGUGGUAUUCACCUUAUUGGGGUGAUCCUGAGGAGUUGGAUGUGAAAGCAGGGGGCGGUUGUGUUAUGACGAUAGGCCACAUGAUAGAGCAAUGGCUGACUAAACUUGAUUGGUUCUCCACCCUAUUCCCACGCAUCCCUGUCCCGGUUCAAAAGAAACUGGAAGAAAAAAUACGCCUUCGGAAAUGUCAAGCACUUUUGGAUGCCAGCUGCACUCAAGAGGAUGAAAAUAAGAGGCAUUCAGAUCGAAAUUACGAUGUUUCUCACCAUAAAUCUAGUGGGCAUUCUCAUCGGCAUGAAAAACAUAGAAGCAAAGUUUUAUAUAUAUCUGAUCAUAGGUAAUUUUGUAGAACCAUUUUCAUGUUAUAAAACCACAUGAAAUACUAGGCAACCUUGUACUACAAGAACCUGAACAAACGAACGCCUGUGACUUUAGAAAAAUCCAUCAGGUCGUUGCGUAGCUGUUAUGGUGACUUAUAGUCACAUGGGUAAGUUUGCUCACAAAAAUUGCUUUAACUCCAAGACAGACAUUUCUGUAACUAGCAUACUGAAUAUAAUUAUCUCAGAUAACGAAUUUCAAGCCUUUGUAUAUUUUGUGGUCGGUUAAUUUUGUCAUUGUGUUCUGACUAGUUCAAGUUUAGUGCGCCUGGGGUCCUCGAGCAUGACUUCAUUUUCUUGUUUAGGUGUAGAUUGUUUAAUGAGGGUCUCACAGGGAAGUAGUCUCACUGGUGUAGAUGACGGGCGGAUUGUUUGUUGCGAUAAAAAUAAACUAACAUAAUUGAGAUAUACUCACCACACACUAGUCUACGAAUUCCCCAAAUGAUGCUCUGAACCAUGCAUAGUUAUCCUGAGAUAUCGAAAAUUGCUGGCAAUUCAUGACUUCAUCAUAGGAAUUCUGAACAGCAACCUAUGUUUCACCACCGUUUGCUGUUGUCUAUUCGUGCAUGCCCUUGGUAGUAUUAUUCCUGUGUUAUCUUGCUUGCUUACUCGAAACGUUGUAAUCUUAGCUAUUAAAAUUAGGAUAGAAAUGCACUUAGAUUUUUCCGUCUUUCAUAGAGGCUUAGUUACAAGCGUAGUUUUUUUAGUUGUGAAACGAUGUCUCUGGAGGUUUAAUUUAUCCUUGGAAUUGUUUACUGAAUUAGCUGUUAUCAGCAGUUACCAGUUAGUGUGAUCACGGGCAGUAAUUUUGCUUGCAAUAUUACCAAUUAACAAAAACUUAUCAUUGUGUGUAAACUAUUGAAAUAUAAUUAUAAUUUAUUUAAUGAGCAAACACUUAACCCAUUUAUUUUCUUUAUUUUCCUUUCCGUCUGCCAGCUUUGUGACAUAUUACUUUAUCACCUCAUUUCAUUUUCACAGACUCCAGUGUGAAAGUUGCUGUGAAAUGACAACUCAGAACAAGAUGUCACUAUGCCAGGCCUUAUGUUCGCUUACUUAAUACUUUUAUUUAAUUAUUUAUCUAAACGCAUAAAAACUUGGUACUACAAUAUGGCACCAAUAAGGAUGCGCCACACAAUAAUAAUAAAACAACAUAGAUCAAAAGAAAAAAGGAAGGAAAAGAAAAAAAUAUAAGUAGAGAACGGAUAAAGAACUUCGUCUGGAAGGAAGACAGUCAUGCUUAACAAGUUCAAACAGUAUUCGUUCAAUAUCAUCGGGAAGGGAAGAAAGAAGGAAAUUGCAACACGUCCGCCAUUGAUUACGAUUCUUGGUCAUAUCCGAUAACGUUUCGAGCCAUCGAUUUGAGCUAUCUCUCGGACCCCAACCAGGGAGUCGUGACACCAACCGAUGCUAAUCUAGCACAAAAACCCUUCAUCCCACGACGCCACGCCAUGGACUGACCACCUCUCCGCCUUUUCCAUCCCGUCCCAGGGCUAGCGAACAGAGACCUGUACGGAAGCCUCUGGGAUGACAUUCGCAGCACAUGUCCAAGCCACCGGAGCCGGUGCUUCCAGAUGACAACACUCAAUGAAUGGUGAUCUCCACUGUGUUCAAACACACGCCGCCGAACCUCAGAAUUACUCACGCGAUGAUUCCAUCGAACGCAAGAAAUCCUGCGGAGACAGCGGUGGUCGAACACGCAGAGUCACCGCACAUCCUCAGCUCGGAGAGGCCAGGUUUCACAGGCGUAGAGCAAGACAGCCCGCACCGAAGCAUUGUAUGCCCGACCUUUGACAACCAGGCUAACGUCGCGAUGGCGCCAGAGGUGGCUCAAGUUGGUGUAUGCCACCCUAGCCUUCAUUAUACGGUUGGAAAUCUCGUCCGUCACCCCUCCGCCAGCACUCACACAACUACCCAGGUACACAAACUUAUCAACAACUUCAAGCUGUUCACCCGCAAGAGUGAGUGCA